GAUAUUUGAUAUGCUCAUUGCCUGGCUUAUUGACGUCAUCUUAGACCAAGCCAAGCAUAAUGAGUUGAGGUGACUCCUAAGUCUCAUAUAACUGGCUCGUCACGUGGGCAUUGUUAGCUUUCAUAUACCUGAGUUGCUCAGCACAUACAAUCACAUCUGUUGAUGCAACCAUUCACAGCACAUCUACAACUUACUGGCCAAUGAAAUACCAAUCGUUACUAGGAUUUUUUAGGCGCCUUUCAGAUACAAACAGUACAAUGAUGCUUGACAGACGAGAUAAUACUAUGUCUACUAAAAGUAAAGUUAGUGAACGAAUUUCAUUUGUUUUCUUCAGUGCCAAGGACUUGAAAGACAAAGUUCGUUCUCUACGAAGGCGUCACACGGAUAGUGCUCUGAGAGACGCAGAGAAGUUGAAACCGCCGCUUCCACCUUGCACACUAUCAGAAGUCAGACAGUGGAGUGAAUCUUUUGAUAGACUUUUGCGGGAUAAAUGUGGUCUAGAAGCUUUCAGGCGAUUUCUCCAAACAGAGUUCAGUGAUGAGAACAUCGAAUUUUGGUUAGCAUGUGAGGAGUAUCGAACUCUAUCACCUUCAAAGCAUACAAAUCGUGCACGGAAAAUACAUGAAGAUUACGUAGCCACACAAGCCCCACGAGAGGUAAAUCUUGACUCUGCUACACGAAUAGAGACAACAUCCAACGUACGAAAACCAGAUGAGCAUACAUUUGAUAAUGCACAAAAACGCAUCGAAGCAUUGAUGGAAAAAGACUCGUACCCUAGAUUUCUUAAGUCAGACAUCUACCAGCAAUUAUUACGGACCAGUAAGAAAUCUGAAUGUUGAACUGAAAACAGAGACACUGAACACUACCAAUUGAGACAUAUAUAGUAUAUAUAGUUGCUAUAACUACAAGUGGUUACCAAAGCAAUGGUAUCUAAGCAACAGCUUCCAGGGACCAACUGACGAUGUUACUCGCCCAUGGUAUAUUUUGUUGACUGAUACCGUGGAAACCAACUAUGGAUGAUAGGACAUCACUGAUAUUCAAUUAAAGAACAGAUAUUGAGAUAUAAAUACAUACAUAUGUGUAUAUCAUAUAUAUAAAUAUAUGUAUUAUAUUGUGUAUCAAACUUCUAGAUACUGAUUGGCAUAUCAGGUUGUGUGUGCUUAGUGCACAUACAGUAUUGCAUGUACUUAGCACAUACGUGCAUACUAGUAGAGCAGUGGCUGUAUGCGAGGACAACGGUCACUUGAUGUUCUUAACAUGUUUUUUUUCUUUAAAUUAAAUACUGGAUCAGAAUUGAUCCAAAAUGUCACAGGUGGACAAAACAUAGGACGUGACAUGUGAUUCAAUGAAGCAAUACUAAACAUGGGUAUGUUGGGAGUUAGUAUGACCACACUCCAGAACUGAAAUAAGUGUGUUAUAUGUGUAAGGGCUGAAUUUGGGCGUUCUCUUUUUUUUUUAUAUCGUUGGCUUUUAUAAUCUAAUUCUAAAGUAAGUUUCUUUAUUUACUAUUUUAGUUUAUUUUAAUUUCUGUUUAUCCCUCUAUGGUGACUAUAGACAGUUAUGCAACCCCAUAAGGAAAGAAAAUGUUAUUUAUCAGAUCAUCACUAUUAAAGUUUAUGUUCCUGUUUAGCAGAAGCAUACUGAGAAACGAUUUUAGGUAUGCAUUAUAGAUGGUUUCAAAAAUACUGCUUAAAAUAGAUGCAUUGGAUUAUUUUGUUUAACUAUAAUUUGUUAUGAAAUGUCUGAACACACUGGGGAAGUCAUGUGAUAUGAAUGUAGUUUACUGAUUGGCUAGAAUAUGCAAUGUAAAGUGGUCUUUACACGGACUAUUCAGUUUAUUUUCUAUCAAAUGUGUUGUACAUAUAUAUAUAUAUAUAAAAUAUAAAGAAUAUUAUGUGUGUGCUAGGUGUCUUGAGCUAAGUGAUUUAGUUUUACAAGAUUUUUUCUUGAUAUCAACAGUUUCAGGUUUGUUCCAGUUGUUCCAAGGAAAAAAAACACACCUAGCCGAUGACUACUUACAGACUAUAAAAUAAAUCAAACGAAUUAACAAAGGUUGCUGAAUGAUGUGUUAGGUGCUGGCACCAGAGUUUGUGAAAAAAUAAAUUGUUACUAUAAUAACAUUCAAUUUAGAAGCACUUGUUGAUGCUUAUGUUUGUGGAAGAAUUGAUAGAUAUUGGUGAAACUUCAAGUUACACAUUUUACUACUGUUUUCUGAUAUUUACAAAUAUAGAUACAUAGACUCGAUCUCCCUACAAAAAUAUGUAUUGUAUGUCUUUCUUGUGGUAUGUAUUUAUGAAAUGUGAAUUUAGAUUAUAUUAUAAUGCAAUACUCUUUUAAAUUAUUUUUUCCUUUGUUUACCUGUUUUUGUUUGCUAUUAUUGAGUACUGGUGCCGAAGUGCAAAAAGUUAAGUCUUCAAUGACUUGCAUUAUCCAUUUUAGAUUAUGUCUGCUACAUUGUAAGAAUAGGGAUGACAUAUUAAUAAACAGUAUUAUAAUGGUGUAAGAUGAAUAGAAGUAUUUUAUUAGGUGGAAUUAUGUUACAAACUUAUUCAAUUUAAAUUAUUUAACCAAAGAAACAAGCAGAGUUAGGCCACAAUUUGUACCUUAAAAAUACAAACUGAUCGAUUGUUUGUGAAAGGUUAGUUAAUUAAAACGUUGGCUUUUAAUUAUGACAUUGGUUGUUAUUUAGUUGAUACAUCUUAAAAUUUGGUAUCUGAGCUUCAGCACUUCAAUAGGGAGGUGGCUGUGCUAGAAGCUCUCAUUUGGUAGUGUGUGGACAAAUAUUUCAAAAUGUUGUACAAUUUUUUUUAGUGUAAAUCCCUGCUAAAGGGGUUUGAUUUUCGUAUAAAUCUUAAAUUAUUGAUCAAAGGUACGUGUCAGGGAAACCUGACUGAUGCAAUGAAAAUAAAAAAAGGAAACUUAUAUUCAAAA